AACUUCCCACCCCUACCCAGAGCAGGUAACUUCCCACUCCCACCCACAGCAGGUAACUUCCCACCGCCACCCACAGCAGGUAACUUCCCACCCCUACCCAGAGCAGGUAACUUCCCACUCCCACCCACAGCAGGUAACUUCCCACCGCCACCCACAGCAGGUAACUUCCCACCGCCACCCACAGCACUUAACUUCCCACCGCCACCCACAGCACUUAACUUCCCAUCCCUACCCAGAGCCGGUAUCUUCCCUACCCCACCCAGAGCAGGUAACUUCCCACUCCCACCCACAGCAGGUAACUUCCCACCGCCACCCACAGCAGGUAACUUCCCACCCCUACCCAGAGCAGGUAACUUCCCACUCCCACCCACAGCAGGUAACUUCCCACCGCCACCCACAGCAUGUAACUUCCCACCCCUACCCAGAGCAGGUAACUUCCCACUCCCACCCACAGCAGGUAACUUCCCUACCCCACCCACAGCAGGUAUUACCCACCCCUACCCAGAGCCGGUAACUUCCCACCGCCACCCACAGCAGGUAACUUCCCACCGCCACCCACAGCACAUAACUUCCCAUCCCUACCCAGAGCCGGUAUCUUCCCUACCCCACCCAGAGCAGAGCCGGUAUCUUCCCUACCCCACCCACAGCAGGUAUUACCCACCCCCACCCACAGCAUGUAACAUCCCACCCCUACCCAGAACACGUAACUUCCCACCCCCACCCACAGCAUGUAACUUCCCACUCCCACCCACUGCAGGUAACUUCCCACCGCCACCCACAGCAGGUAACUUCCCACCGCCACCCACAGCACUUAACUUCCCAUCCCUACCCAGAGCCGGUAUCUUCCCUACCCCACCCACAGCAGCAUGUAACUUCCCACCCCUACCCAGAGCCGGUAACUUCCCUACCCCACCCAUAGCAGGUAUUACCCACCCCCACCCACAGCAUGUAACUUCCCACCCCUACCCAGAGCCGGUAACUUCCCUACCCCACCCACAGCAGGUAUUACCCACCCCCCACCCACAGCAUGUAACAUCCCACCCCUACCCAGAGCCGGUAACUUCCCUACCCAACCCAGAGCAGGUAACUUCCCACCCCCCACCCACAGCAUGUAAUAUCCCACCCCUACCUAGAGCACGUAACUUCCCUACCCCACCCAGAGCACGUAACUUCCCACCCCCACCCACAGCAUGUAACUUCCCACCCCUACCCAGAGCAGGUAAUUUCCCACCCCACCCACAGCAGGUAACUUCCCACCCCUACCCAGAGCAGGUAAUUUCCCACCCCCACCCACAGCAGGUAACUUCCCACCCCUACCCAGAGCAUGUAACUUCCCACUCCCACCCACAGCAGGUAACUUCCCAACCCUACCCAGAGCAUGUAACUUCCCACCCCUAUCCAGAGCAGGCGUACGGGUACGGCGCGGAGUCGUCGUCCUCAGACUACGACUCUGUGUGCUCGGAGCGGCCCGCACGCAAGCCCACGCUGCUGCAGCACAUGUUCUGCUUGCCGCUCAACUGA